AUGAGAGUAUUUGCAAAGAAAAAAACUGAUAGAGGAAGAAAGUUAUCAUCAGAACUAUUCGGAUCUACUCAUAAAGAUGAUGAUAAUGAAACUCGUUUUGAGACGAUUAUUCGUCCACCAACAACAGAAGAGGAAGCAUUUAGUUUAUCAGAAGAUGAUGAUAAACCAGAAUCUACAUCAACAGCCACUAGUAGUUCAACCUCUACUACCAAUAGAAAUCCUAGAGUAGCCAAAAGAAAGUCAAUCGAAACAUCAACAAGUAAAAAGACCUCUUCUUUUGACACUUCUGAUUCUGAUUCCGAAAAGGAUUCAGAUGACUCUGAUUUUGAAGUAAAGAAAAAGAAGAAAAAGAAACAGAAACAAACUAAAAAAAAGAGAAACUCAAGGACAUCUCAACAGGAUGAGGAAGUUGACGAAGAUUGGGAUAAACAAAUGAAAGAAUACGUUCAAAAAGCCAACAAGUUCUUUGGUGAAGUUGAUGCAACCAAAUUGCAGAAGGCUAACCUUAAAGAAGAAGAGGAAUUGCUGAGUAAACAGGCCGAAAAAGAAAUUUUAGAAAAUGCAAAGAAGGAACAAGAAGCUGUAAAGGAUGCUCAAAACAUUCUGAAAUCUCAAAAACAAGCAACUGAAUUACAACGAGAAAUACUUGAAGGAAGCAGCGUAGUAACCGAAGAAGAAAAACAAAACCAAGUUAAGCGACAAGAGUAUGAAAGAUAUUGUCGAUCUGUUGAAGGUAUUAUGCCACCAAUGACCUAUGAAGAGUAUUUAUUGGACGCUGAUACUCUCAUUCCAGCUAGUGAAGUUACCGACCUAGAUGAUUUGGAUCGUGUAUAG